AUGGUUAGUAUAACACGUUCUUGUCUUGUGGCAUGGCAUGCUGCCUUGCGGGGAUGGUAUGGCACGGGUGGGACGGCAGUGGAAGCACUGGACAGUCUAGCGCGCGAAUGGAAGGGGGUCAAGGGAACGAGCACGUGGAAGAGCGGCAGGGACUGUGGCAGCAUGGAUGGCGUGCGCUGUGAUGGCGAUGGGCAUGUCAUUGCACUCUUCAUCAGAGAGUGCACCCUCACUGGCCCGCUCUUCACUGCUCUUCUCGCAUUGUCCAAUCUCCAGUAUCUUGACUUGGAGUAUUGCAAUCAACUCCCUCGCUCGCUCCCUGAUUUCAUAACUGAAUCUCUUUCUCCCAAGGACCUGCGUGAAUAUAGCAGAUAUCUCUUUGACUCACGAUCGCUACCAGAGCAGCUCUCCCAGCUGCAGAAGCUGCAGUCUCUGCGGCUCCACUACAUCAACCUGAGUGGCACCAUUCCUGCCUCCAUUGGCAACCUCACCGCACUCACCACCCUGAUACUCAGCAACAACAGUCUCUCAGGCUCCAUUCCAGAGGCAAUCAGCAGCCUCAAGCAGCUACAGGAGUUGGACCUGCACAGCAACAAGAUGAGUGGCACCAUUCCCGCCUCCAUUGGCAAUCUCACCACACUCACCACUCUGAAACUCAGCAACAAUCACCUUAUCGGCACGAUACCUGCUGCAAUCACCGCACUCACUAAUCUCGAAAGCCUCGACCUUUCAGGCAACCAGCUAACAGGAGAGCUGCCCUCCUUCCACCACAUGCCCUAUCUCACCUCGCUGCAAGCGCAUCACAACUACCUCACAGCCGCAGCAGACGAAACCUUCCCCAACGUUCCCAGCCUAGCCAUCCCUGUCAGUCACUACAGCGUGUGUCUGUUCCACCACAACUGCCUUGGAAACCACUCGAUGUUCUGCAGCCGUGGGGAGAAUCAGAGGCGUGCCAGCGAGUGCCGGGCGUUCUGCGGGGCGCAGUUUCUCACCCCGCCAUGCAGCGGCCAUGGCGUGUGCUCCUCAUUCGUGCCUGACCCCUCUCAGUACACGUAUUCCUGCUGUGGUGGUGAUGAGGAGGAGCAGAGUCCCCCAACCAAGUAUCUACCCAAGGGCCAGUGCGACUGUGAUGAGGGGUACACGCCAGGGACUGCUGCUGGCACGUGCUCCCCUCACGACACUUCAGCCAUGGGGGUGGCGCUGUCUCUACUCCAGGAGCCUCAAAACCGGCUGCUGCUGCUAGUGGUGCUUCCUCUGACAGUGCUCCAGCUGGCCUUCGCAUUGCCACUGAUUCUGAGGCGCCUCAACCACCGCCGCCGCCCCACACGAUUAUUUUAUUCCAAAAGAGCCCUUGCUGCCCGGCAAGCUGUUAUGGGUGUGGAGAUCACUUGCUAG